AUGGCGAUUAUGGAGAAGUGGACGAAUCGUCUCACCUCAGUCAUUUGUUGGCUGAAUAAGCGUGUUGGCAGUCAGUCGCUGAUGCUGGAGGCCACAUUUAGUGCCAGUGGCAGCAUCCGAAUGCAUCUGCUCCGCAUUGAUGCAGGUUGGAGGCCAGCAAGUCUGUUGCGGCAUGAGGCAGAGGCGCGACACUAUGGUCGCUCCACUCGAAUUUCACGUCGGAGGUGGCGAUCAGUGCUUCGCCUCGGUGUGAGCACAUGUAGGACUGAGGAGAAAUCCGAUCGGCCGCCUUGCCUCUCCACCACGCAAACUGUCACCUCCGCCAUGGAUCCCGAUGCACCCUCACCACCCCUCACCGAGAUUGCCUCCUACGUGUGCGAUACAUGCGGCUCGGCAUUCAAGAACGACAUCCUCCUCCGAGCGCAUUUGGUUCAUGAGCAUCAAAGUAGGCGAUUGUUACGUUGA